AUAAAAAUAUAUCCACGUAUAUUAUAUCACCUAUGCGUGAUUCAAAUGAUUGGAUUUACACAACGGUUAAAAUGGAUUAUGUAACUAAUGAUGAAUCAUCAUCAUUUUCAUCAAAUAUCGAUGAUUUUCCAUUAUCAGAUAAUGAUUUAUAUUAUAAUGAAAGUGAUUAUGAUGAUGACGAAUGUUUUAGUUUACAGUGUAUGCCGUAUGAGGAUUAUGUUGAUCGUAUUCGACAGGAAGUGAUAAAUCCAAGUAUGCCCGAAUGGAUAUUUGUUGGUGCACAUUCGAUAGUGUUUUUGGUUGGUUUAAUUGGUAAUGCAUUAGUGUGUGUGGCGGUAUAUCGUAAUCAUAGUAUGCGUACGGUGACUAAUUAUUUUAUAGUGAAUUUGGCUGUUGCUGACUUUAUGGUGAUAUUGUUUUGUUUACCGCCAACAGUGAUAUGGGAUAUAACUAAUACAUGGUUUUUUGGUUUGAUUUUAUGUAAAGUGGUGCUAUAUUUACAGAAUGUUUCAGUAACCGUUUCAGUAUUAACUUUAACAUUCAUCAGUAUUGAUCGAUGGUAUGCAAUCUGUUAUCCAUUGAAGUUUAAAUCAACAACUGGCCGUGCAAAAACGGCAAUAAUAAUCAUAUGGUUCAUUGCUCUAAGCACUGAUAUACCAGAAUUAAUAGUGUUAACAACAGUGAAGCUGCCCGAACCAAAUAUAACCGAAGUAUAUUACACACAGUGUGAUGUACAAUGGAAUAAAGAAACUGAUACAAUAUGGAAUGUAUCAAAAACAUUUAUAUUAUAUAUAAUACCAUUGAUAUUCAUGUCAUUUGCAUAUUGUCAAAUUGUACGUGUAUUAUGGCGUACCGAUAAAGUAUUAACUCAUAAUAAUAUGAAUAAUCAUCAAACAACAUCAUCAACAGAUCAACAUCAUCAUCAUCAUCAUCAUCAUCAUCAUAAUCAUCAUAAUCAUCAACAGAAUAAUCAACAACAACAACAACGGUAUCAUCCACCAGCUUCGUCAGCAUCGACACCGAACACGUUGAAUAGUAAUACAAGAGGUCUCACAUGUAACUCAAGACGUAGUACAUUCUUAAUGAAUUCAAACACAACAACAGAAGGUCAAUUACGUUCACGGCGUAAGGCUGCUAAAAUGUUGGUGGCUGUUGUUGUAAUGUUUGCUGUAUGCUAUUUUCCAGUACAUUUUCUUAAUAUAAUACGACAUUUAAUUGUAAUUGAACAAACUGAUUGUAAUGCUGUCUUGGUAUUAAUUGCACAUUGGUUAAUAUAUGCAAACAGUGCUGUAAAUCCAGUUAUUUAUAAUUUUAUGAGUGGUAAAUUCCGUCGUGAAUUUCGUCGUGCAUUUGCACAAUGCCAUUGUGUAAAAAAUCAAUUACCUAAUCAAUAUAAUCUCAAUAAUUUCUCACCACAUUCAACCAAAUCCAAUUAUAUUUUAACAAAACAAACACAAUUUAUGAAUACAAAAAAUCGUAAGAAUAAAAUGAAUCAAUUGAAUAAUGAUAGUGGCAUUGUUGAAGAUAAUGAAACAACACAAUUGCAACAGAAAAUAUGUCAACAUCAGCAUCCGCAUCACCAUCACCAUCACCAUCAUCAACAUCAUCAGCACGAUAAAAUAUCGUUAAAAUCAUAUCAGAAUAUCGAUUUAUUUAAUGAACGGUGUGAUAAUAAUGACGAUGAGAAAUCAACAACACAGACUACGGAAUGUAAAUUAUUAUGUCGUGAUCAUAGUUUACCAAAAACUUGAUAUCGUUUAAAUUUAAAUAAGGAGAAGAAUAAUGUAGCUGAUGUGGUGAUGAAACCAUCGUCUACCCAAGAACAUCAGCAAACGUCGUCUGAUGAUAAUGUUAGGCGACAAUCACAGUGUUUUGAUACGACUAAAUUACCUCUACCGUUAGUGUUGAUUGAAGAUUGCUCAUAAUUCAUUUUUCUUAAAAUUAUUAAAAUAUUACGCAUGCUAAGCUAAG